AUGCCGUGGCCAGAGCUCUCCCUCCUGCCCUAUGUUGAUCUGAAUUUCUGCUUGCAGGGGGCCAGGGGCGAGCAAGGCGAGAAGGGCUCCAUGGGCUUCCCCGGGGCACGCGGCCCCGGCGGGCAGAAGGGGGAGGUGGGAGCAUCAGGAGAGCCUGGCGAGCCGGGCCAGCCCGGCCGUGAUGGGAUCCCUGGAGCCCGGGGAGAGAAGGGGGACAUGGGACCCCUGGGCAUGCGUGGCCCCAAGGGUGACCGGGGCAUGAAAGGUGCCUGUGGCAUCGAUGGGGACAAGGGCGAGAAGGGAGAGCCAGGGAUCUCGGGGCGCUCGGGGCUGCCGGGGAGGAAAGGCGAGCCGGGAGAGCUGGGUCUGUCAGGACCACCGGGCAUCCCCGGGAAGGAGGGGCUCAUGGGACCCAAGGGCGACCGGGGAUUCGAUGGGCAGCAGGGAGCCAAAGGAGACCAGGGGGAAAAAGGAGACCGGGGUGCCCCGGGCAUUAUUGGUGGCCCCGGUCCCCGGGGUAGUGACGGUGCUCCUGGUCCCCCUGGUCCUCCAGGGAGCGUUGGACCACGAGGUCCCGAAGGCAUGCAGGGCCAGAAGGGCAGUCCUGGCACCCAGGGGCUCCGUGGGGAGAAGGGGGAUCCGGGCAUGACGGAGGAGGAGAUCCGUGCCUUUGUCAGGCAGGAGAUGAACCAGCACUGUGGACUCUUCACUCAGCCAUUCCCUGCUGGCAGCGCUCAUGCAGUCCCUGUGCUCAAGUUGUCACAUGCUGAGGAAGAGGAGGGACUCUUCACUCAGCCAUUCCCUGCUGGCAGCGCUCAUGCAGUCCCUGUGCUCAAGUUGUCACAUGCUGAGGAAGAGGAGGGGCAGGACAGGCAGGCCAUGCUCGACACCGAUGACCUCGAGUAUGAGAGCAUGUAUGGGGAGGAGGAAGACUAUGAUGAGGUCCCAGAGAUGGACAGCUUGGAGCAGCCUGCGAUGAGCGGUGGGGGUUCCAACCCAUUCCAGCACCUGGAGAAGAGUGCAGUUUUGCAAGAGGCACGGGUGUUUAACGAGACUCCCAUAAACCCACGAAAAUGUGCUCACAUCCUCACCAAGAUCCUGUAUCUCAUAAACCAGGGGGAGCACCUUGGUGUCAUGGAAGCUACAGAAUCCUUCUUUGCUAUGACCAAGCUGUUUCAGUCCAAUGAUCCAACUCUUCGCAGGAUGUGUUACCUGACUAUCAAAGAGAUGUCUUCUAUUGCAGAAGAUGUAAUCAUUGUUACUAGCAGCUUAACCAAAGACAUGACUGGGAAGGAUGACAAUUACCGAGGCCCUGCUGUGAGAGCGCUCUGUCAAAUCACUGAUAGUACCAUGUUGCAGGCCAUCGAGCGCUACAUGAAGCAGGCGAUUGUUGACAAAGUGCCAAGCGUAUCCAGCUCUGCUCUGGUGUCCUCCUUGCACCUCCUCAAGACCAGUUAUGAUGUGGUAAAACGCUGGGUGAAUGAGGCUCAGGAGGCAGCUUCCAGUGACAAUAUCAUGGUGCAGUAUCAUGCUCUGGGCUUGCUCUACCACGUGCGGAAGAAUGACCGCCUGGCAGUCAACAAGAUGCUCAGCAAGUUCACACGCCAUGGCCUCAAGUCACCGUUUGCUUACUGUAUGAUGAUUCGAGUAGCCAGCAAGCUGCUGGAGGAAGAGGCUGGCAGCCGUGAUAGCCCCCUGUUCGAUUUCAUCGAGAGCUGCCUAAGAAACAAGCACGAGAUGGUUGUCUAUGAAGCUGCAUCUGCCAUAGUUAACCUGCCCAACUGCACCGCCAAAGAGCUGGCUCCGGCUGUCUCAGUUUUGCAGCUGUUCUGCAGCUCCCCAAAAGCAGCACUGAGAUAUGCAGCUGUCCGUACCCUCAACAAGGUGGCCAUGAAGCACCCAUCUGCUGUGACUGCCUGUAAUCUAGACCUGGAGAACCUUGUGACAGACUCCAACCGCAGCAUAGCCACCCUGGCCAUCACCACCCUGCUGAAAACCGGCAGUGAGAGCAGCAUUGACCGGCUCAUGAAGCAGAUCUCCUCCUUCAUGUCAGAAAUCUCAGAUGAGUUCAAAGUUGUAGUGGUGCAGGCCAUCAAUGCACUGUGUCAGAAGUACCCUCGCAAACAUGCCGUCCUGAUGAACUUUCUCUUCACUAUGCUUCGGGAAGAGGGUGGCUUUGAAUACAAGCGAGCCAUUGUGGACUGCAUCAUCAGCAUCAUUGAGGAGAACUCGGAGAGCAAAGAGACAGGCCUGUCUCACCUCUGUGAAUUCAUUGAGGACUGCGAGUUCACUGUGCUGGCCACUCGUAUCCUCCACCUCUUGGGGCAGGAGGGGCCCAAAACCAACAACCCCUCCAAAUACAUUCGAUUCAUCUACAACAGGGUCGUCCUGGAGCAUGAAGAAGUCCGGGCAGGUGCUGUAAGUGCCCUGGCCAAGUUCGGAGCCCAGAAUGAGGAGAUGUUACCCAGUAUCUUGGUCUUACUGAAAAGGUGUGUGAUGGAUGAUGACAACGAAGUGAGAGACAGAGCCACCUUCUACCUGAAUGUUCUGGAGCAGAAGCAGAAAGCCCUUAAUGCUGGCUACAUCCUGAAUGGUUUGACAGUGUCCAUCCCUGGCCUGGAGAGGGCUCUGCAUCAGUACACUCUGGAGCCCUCUGAGAAACCCUUUGACUUGAAAUCUGUUCCUUUGGCAACAGCUCCUAUCAUCGAGCAAAGAGCAGAAAAUGUCCCUGUUGCUGUAGUCAAACAGCCAGACAAGGUGGCAGCAACACGGCAAGAAAUAUUCCAAGAGCAACUGGGGGCAAUCCCAGAGUUUCGGGGACUGGGCCCGCUCUUCAAGUCUUCCCCAGAGCCUGUCGCCCUGACAGAGCUGGAAACGGAGUAUGUGGUUCGUUGCACCAAGCACACGUUUGUCAGCCACAUGGUGUUCCAGUUUGACUGCACGAACACCCUGAAUGAUCAGAUUCUGGAGAAUGUCACGGUGCAGAUGGAGCCAACAGAGGGGUAUGAGGUCAUUGGCUGCAUACCUGCCAAAACCCUGGUGUACAACCAGCCGGGUACCUGCUACACACUGGUGGCACUGUCUGAAGAGGAUCCAACAGCAGUGGCCUGUACCUUCAGCUGCAUGAUGAAGUUCACUGUCAAGGACUGUGAUCCAAACACGGGGGAGACAGACGACGAGGGUUACGAGGAUGAGUAUGUGCUUGAAGACCUGGAGGUAACGGUGGCUGAUCACAUCCAGCGAGUUCUGAAGCCAAACUUUGGAGCAGCUUGGGAUGAAGUGGGUGAUGAAUAUGAAAAGGAAGAAACCUUUACUUUAUCCGCUAUUAAAACCCUUGAAGAGGCAGUUGGUAAUAUCGUGAAGUUCCUGGGGAUGCAGCCCUGUGAGCGAUCAGAUAAAGUGCCAGAUAACAAGAACUCUCACACGCUGUACCUGGCAGGUGUGUUCCGGGGUGGCCACGACCUCCUGGUACGGUCUCGUCUCGUCCUGACCGACACCGUGACGAUGCAGGUCACUGCCCGCAGCAGCGAGGAGCUCCCCGUGGACGUGAUCAUGGCCUCCGUCGGAUAAACCGCCCUUUCCAGGACUGGCUGGAGACCGAGCCCCGCGGGCAGCGCUUCUUUCUCUGGCAGCAGCAGCAGCAUAGGGAUCACGUUCACUACAGCAGCUUUUGUGUCUCCGCGGUACAGCUGUAUUUGGGGCUCUGUCUAUAAAAUCACCGUGUUUUUAAGGUC